CAAACACUCUCUGGGCUCUCUCUGGAAGCUCUCCAACUCUCUCCACUCUCAAUCCCCGCUGCCACGCCGCCCUAUCCCACUGCCGCUGCAGAGAGCCCACCAAGGCGGCCACUAAGAGCCCUAUAAUCGCCCACCCGCUCCAUUCCUACGCAUUUCUGCGAUCGUCCCUUGAUUCCAUUGCAAACUGGUCCCCUCACCCCUUGUCACUUUUUGCUUUAUCAUGACGUCGAUAAUUGUAACUUCAUGAGUCGUCACAUGCACCGCUCUUCUAUGUCAUCGCCCGAUCCCUCCGCUCCGGACCUCCACUCUCGACUGCCGAAACCCUCCGGGUCCUUCGGCGUCCGUAAAGUACUACCCUCACCUCACUCACCGUGAGUAAGCUCCACGCAAUGUUCGCUUUGCUAAGUCUUGGUGCACUCUGGCCAACAAAGCCUUCGAUGUCACCCAAGGAAGCGUCUCAAAUGAGUAAGUCCUUGAUUGCAUCAUGAACGAACAUACUUGAAUGCCGCGCCGUGCUGGAGAUCCUUUCGGACCACUUGCGUCACCGAGCACACAUCCAUCAUUUUUCGGUUCGAGUUUCUUUCACGCCUCCGAAAGUCGUUGCCCUUUGAUGUGAUCCUCUGCCUCGACCACAUGGCCCAUCCGCUGACAUUAUUGGCUUACUUGCGGCGACACUCUAAUUCUACAGACCAUCGUAAUGACAAAUUAUACCAGGCGCUGAAACACCGUGGUAUCCUUCUGAAAAGGCUCAAUACGUUUUCGGAUAGACCUUUUGUUGUUACGGAUACUGCUUUAGGUCAAUUUGGAAGCACUCUGUGUCCAAUCGUCAGAGGACGAUGCCACUCACAUAUCUGUUUGUUGAACUUGGUACUGUACGUCAGCAUUUAUCGUGAGUUGGAGGUACCCAGCCAGGGAAACCGUUUCCCAGAACUGUUUUUGCUGGGCGACAUUCCAUAAAGAUAACACUCAUUACAUACCCUCUUAGACACUGCUGCACUGCACUUACAAAUGUCUGACUUUCGCAUACGGCCUAAGAUGUCCUACUAAACAAGAUACCAAAGAUCUAGGCAAGGACAGGCGUGUGAGGCACCUCUGUUUAAAACAUAAAAGCCAAAUCACAAGAUCUAGGCUUGAAGGGAUUAUAUUAUUUAAAUGUAGCAGAGACUAUAUAUACCUCCUUAUAAUUAUA